ACAGGUAAGGAAGAGAAAUUUUAAAAAAAAAAAUUGAGAAAGAAGAGUUUUUGUGUGUGCAUGAGAGAUUGAUUGGAUAUAUAGAUUGGUGAAGCUUGGUGGUGGAAGUUAUGGAUAGCACCGAUUCAUCUUCAGGGUGUCAGCAUCCUCAGCUUCCUCCUGGUUUCCGAUUCCAUCCCACCGACGAAGAGCUCGUCGUUCACUACCUCAAGCGAAAAGCCGCCUCUGCUCCGCUUCCCGUCGCCAUCAUUGCCGACGUCGAUCUCUACAAGUUCGAUCCCUGGGAGCUUCCCGGUAAGGCGGCGUUUGGGGAGCAAGAGUGGUACUUCUUCAGCCCGAGAGAUCGGAAGUAUCCAAAUGGAGCGAGGCCAAACAGGGCAGCCACUUCGGGGUAUUGGAAGGCCACCGGAACGGACAAGCCGAUAUUGUCGUCGGACGGACGAAACCAGAAAGUCGGGGUGAAGAAAGCUCUGGUUUUCUACGGCGGGAAGCCUCCAAAAGGCGUUAAAACCAACUGGAUCAUGCAUGAAUAUAGGCUCACCGACAACAAUUCUUACAGGAAUUCUACCCCUAAGCCUCCUCCUCUGCCUUCCGAUCCUGCGUCACAAUCGACCAAGAAAAACUCCUUAAGGCUUGACAAUUGGGUUUUGUGUCGGAUAUACAAGAAAAACAACAGUAAUAUGAAUACUAGUCUGCAGAGGCCGCCAUUGAUGGAGCAGGAGAGGGAGAUUUGCAUGGAGGCUAUGCUUCCCACCAUAUCAAGUUUAUCAAUGGUUAAUAAUACUGCUAACGCCGCUCACCAAAUCUCCAACCCUCCAUUAGGACUCGAGAAUGAUGACACCUUGUUCGAUGGAAUUCUGGGCAUCGGCGGCGGCGGCGGCGGUGAUCCUCAUGAUAAUCACCACUUGUUGUCGUCAAACUCAUCAAAGGCCAAUAGUUUCCCUCCUGUGAAACGACCCCUCCCAUCGCCGUUUUGGAACGAGACCACGGCUGGGUCUCCGUCAGGGUCGUCUUCGUCAAGCAAGAGAUUCCAUGGCGAUCUUAACAGAACUGGGGUGACUAGUACCACUACCUCAGCUGACGACAACAGUUCCUUCAUUUCUCUGCUAAGCCAGCUUCCUCCUCAGAAUACGGCGACGUUUCAUCACCCAAAUGCCCUUCUGGGCUCCGUCGGCGACGGUGUUUUGAGGCCGCAAUUUCAACUCCCAAGCCUGAAUUGGACCUCAUAAUAAUGUGCUUCCCCUUUAAGGUUGCCGCCAUUAAUGUUGGUAUGUUAUUCAUGAAUAAUUAGUUCCUCUUUUCACUGUAACCAUAAGAAAAGGAAGAGACGACUCUAUAUAAUAUAUUAAUACACACACA